AUGAAAGUCUUACAGGCACUUAAAUCAACAAAAUUCCCAUUUGCUUCAUUCACAAACAGAGAUGUCAAAUCAGAUUUUCAAAUGUUGAAACCUCAUUUCGAAACACUUAUACCUGAUCUCUAUUUGCAAAAGAGACUCAAGUUGCCAGCAGAUAAAACUAUGAGAUAAAGAAGAAUGAUGAAUUAUCACAUUGAGUUCGAUAAGGAUGGCAAUAUGACGAGGUUCCAUGAAGAAUAUCGUCUAGACAAUUAUGACGAAACCAAAUGUCUCCAAUACGCAAAUGUCUACGAAGAACUGACCAAAGAGAUGAAGCAAGAUCAGAUCUAUAAAGACUUCCUUUACAAUACUCUUCAAAUUACUUGGCAAUUAAAAUAAUACAAAAAAGCUUAAAUCUCUGUCCAUGCAGUCAGAACCAUAUCAUAUCCCGAUUAACCUGCUCAAUCCACUCCAGAAGGACCAAAUAGAGAUGGAAAUGACUUAGAAAUCAUCGGAGUAGUUAAUAAGAUUAACUGCCAAGGAGCGGAUAGCCAAAUCUAUAGUCCUGAUAAAACUAAGUUACUAUUUGAAAUGAGUCUCGAACCCGGAGAAGGAUACAUUAUAGACGAUAAAUCACUCUGGAAUUAUGCCACUUCCCAUAAACCAGUAGAUCAAAGCUAGGUUGGAAUUCGAGAUAUAUUGGGGUUUGUACUUAAAAUUGAUGAAUGAAUAUACAUAACCACAAUUAUAUAUAAUACAAGCAUUUUAAUUU